AUUAUUUAUUGUUGAAUCAAUUUUUUUUUCUAGCUUACAUAUUAGUUUAUACAAUGCAGAGCUGGAGACAUUUUCGGAAGAAUUUCCAUAUCUUAAAAUUUACUCUUAAAUCUUUAUUUUACAAUUCAUCAAGAUCAACAAACCACUACAUUGAUGCAGCGUUUGAACCUUUAUUUUGGUUUGUUGAUCAUUUUACAGCUUAUUUAGGAGUUAUAUUUGUUAUCAUUGUUGCUCUUGCCACUUCAUCAGUAGUUGGUAUUUGGUAUAUUUUUCUGUUUCCUAUUAUUUGUACUUAUUCUGGUGUGUGGAUAUUUUUUCACUGUGUAUUAGCGCAUUAUCUGCUCGUAAACAUUGUUUUUCAUUAUUAUAAGGCAGUCACAACUCAUCCGGGAUCACCACCACAAGAUGCUUUACUAGAUACUAUUCAACAAGCAGUUAUUUGUAAAAAAUGUAUCCAAUCGAAGCCUCCUCGAACCCACCAUUGUUCAAUAUGUUCAAAGUGCUAUUUAAAAAUGGAUCAUCAUUGCCCGUGGAUGAAUAACUGUAUUGGAUUUUAUAAUCACCGGUAUUUUGUAUCUUUUUGUAUCUUUAUGUGGAUGGGAACUUUAUAUGUCAGUUUAUCAACUUAUUCAAUUUUUAUUUAUCACUCAUUUAAUCCUAAAAUGUUAUUGAAAAACUCUUUUCCGUUUUCUGAUUCUGUUUUACCUUUGGUCCAGAAGCUGGUUGGUAAUCAAAAUGUUACAGAUAUUAUAACCAAUAAACUAAAUAAAGCUGGAGAAGAAUACGGUCCCCAUCCAGCUGGUUUUACCCAAGUUCAUGAAUAUGAACAUGUAGCAAUAAUUUAUUUAUUUUUUCUUUGUUGUGCUGUUACUAUAGCAUUAACUCUUUUGAAUAUGUGGCAUAUGACAUUAGUUUCUCGUGGAGAAACCUCUAUAGAAGUCCAUAUAAAUAGCAGUGAACGACGUCAUGCUGCCACUCAAGGAAUGGGAUAUAAUAAUCCAUAUAAUUAUGGAUGGUAUAAAAACUGGAAAUUAUUUUUAGGAAUCAAUAAAGAGAGAGGUUUGCUUGCAAUUUUAUUGCCCUCAUCACAUUUACCAGAGGGUAAUGGCAUGCAAUGGAUUUCAAAUGAAAAGCCAAUACAUUAUGUUGACCCUGCAGCUUAUAAUAGGUAUGAAAAAGAACAAAGGAAAUGGUUUUUUUGCCGGUUUUGCCCUUGCUAGCAUUUUUAAAGUUUUUAAACUGUGUACAAAUAAACAGCAAAUAAAUUCUAAAAAGUUUUACAAAUAUACUUCAUUUUAUUUUUUUCCAUUUAAUAUUUUUUAUAUAAAUAUCAUAACUAAGUGGAAGUUAAUAAAGUUUAUGAUAUUGUUGAAUAUUUUAUUUAUUUAUAUGGCUAAAUAAUGGUUUUGUAGCAUAGUUAAAUACUGUUUAAAUACUGGUUUUUAAUAAAAUUCUAAUAUAUUUCUAAUAGUUUUUGUUUUUUAAUAUUUAAAGCACAUUUUAUAACCUUGAGUUCAAUAGCUAUAUAAAAAGUUUUUCUUCAUUUUUUAAAUUAACUAAAUUAAAUGUUUUUGUUUUUUAUAUUUUCUAUAAUAUUUUCAUAAAUGUUCAUAAAUUUUAUCUUUAUACUUUUCUUACCUCCUUCACUGUUGUUCUUACCUCCCCAACUGUUGUACUAGAAUUAUAUAAAUAUAAACUUUUGUUUACUGCAAAUGGUAAAAAUAUUGCUUUAAUAAUUGUGAUUUUUAGGAAAUUAUGCUUUAUUGUAAUAUAUAAAGAGAAAGAGAGAGAGAACCUAUAGAGACAAAAUAAUUUAAAGUUCAAAGCAGAAGAAUAUCAAAACAUUUCUAGAGGAUGUCUGAUUCUGAUGUUUUUAAUCCAGGUAUAAAAAAGUUUCCUUACCAAGACUUGUUGAAUUUGAUUGGUGCUUUGAUGUUGUAGCUGCAUCAAACAACAUUAACAGAAUGGCAGUACCAACAUGUUUGCUUCGGUUAAAAGUUGCUGAUUAUGGAAACUCUAAUGAAGAAAAAGUGCAAGUGAAAACUGUUCAACUCUCUAAGCAAACACUUGACACCAUGUUAGAUGGACUAGGAAAGAUAAGAGAUCAGCUAAAUUCAGUGGUGUCAAAAUAAAAAUUUAUUAUAGAAAAUGUUAAAUACUUUAUUUUUA